AACCUUCCAUCGGCCUCUUGUUGCGUCGUCUAUAGCGUUUACACAGAGCAGGCAGCGAGAAUGGCCGAUUCCAAGCUCUACGACGUCUUGGGGGUUUCCAGAGGGGCCACAGAGUCUGAGAUCAGGAGAAAUUAUCGUAAGUUAGCCAAGGAAUAUCAUCCAGACAAGAACCCAGCUGCAGGCGAUAAGUUUAAGGAGAUUUCUUUUGCAUAUGAAGUCCUGAGUGACCCACAGAAAAGAGAAAUUUAUGAUCGCUACGGGAUGAAGGGUCUACAGGAAGGCGGAGACUCUGGCCCAAGCUUUGGGGCUGAGGACCUCUUUGGUCAUUUCUUUGGAGGUGGAGGUGGUGGCCCCUUUGGAAGCUUCUUCGGUGGCUUCGGAGGAGGUGGAAUGCGUGGCGGGAGAAGAGGGCCAAGACGAGGAGAAAACACUGUGCAUAGGCUUAAAGUUUCCCUGGAAGACCUUUACAAUGGGAAAGUUGCCAAGCUACAGUUAUCAAAGAACACAAUUUGUACAUCAUGUGGAGGUGAGGGAGGUCCCCCAGGAGCUCUUCACCCUUGUAGGACAUGUAAUGGUAGGGGUGUCAAGGUGACCAUCACACAGUUGGGCCCAGGGAUGGUACAGCAGAUGCAGAGUCGCUGCCCAGACUGUGACGGGGAAGGUGAGGUAAUUAAUGAGCGUGACCGUUGCCAAGCUUGUGUGGGAAGGAAAGUUAUACAGCAGACCAAAAUCUUGGAGGUGCACGUUGACAAGGGUAUGAGAGAUGACCAGCGCAUUAAUUUUCGUGGAGAGGGUGACCAAAUGCCUGGUGUUGAGCCUGGUGAUGUCAUUAUUGUUCUCCAGGAAAAAACUCACGAGACUUUCCAGCGUGCAGGUACUGAUCUCUUAAUGAAGCACACUGUUUCACUUACUGAAGCUCUGUGUGGAUUUUCGAUGGUUGUGAGGCACUUAGACGGACGAAAUCUCCUCAUUAAACAGCCUCCCGGAUCAGUCUUGCAGCCAGGAUGUGUGCGAGGUGUGAUAGGUGAAGGCAUGCCCAUUUACAAGAACCCAUUCGAGAAGGGUGACCUCUAUGUUAAAUUUGACGUUGCAUUCCCAGAAAAUUAUUUUGCUACUGAAAAUAAACUCAAGGAAUUAGAAAACCUACUAGGUGGACGUCCCCCGGCACUUCCCAUUCCUGCUGAUUCAGAGGAAGUAAACCUCACAGAGUUUGAAGAAAACUAUAGCUCGGGGAGCUCUCAAGGAAAUUACUAUGAUGAGGAUGACGAUCACCCACAUCUUGGAGGACAGCAUGUACAGUGUGCACAUCAGUAAGAGAUCUGCCGGAAUGGGAUGCUGCCGAUGAUGUUCCCUUUGGUGUGUGCUCCUGAGGCUAUGCAUUCAGUGAACGCCAUGGUUUAGUGUGAAGAGAAAACUUUUUCAAGUCAUCUGCCAUCCUUACCUGGAUUAUCUAGUAGCAUUAAAAUCACAUGUAGACUCCCCAGGUAUAAUGCACACAUCAAUAUCAUUGUAUCCUAUUAAGUUGGGCUUUCCCUGAAGUCACUGUAGGGUUGGAUAGGAAGAGAGCGAGCAGUUCAGUUCUCUUCCCGGAAAGCAACGUGGUAUACUUUGUGAAUAACUCGUAUCCAUGCUUUGGGAUUGGCUUAGUUAGGUUUGUUUCUCUCAUCACACUUGAUUUCCUUUACUUUAUCUUUUGUCUUUGCUCUUCUGUAUACUAUUUGAAGUAUUAUUUUUUCUCUUCUUUUUGUGGUUGUGUGAAAUACUUGAAUGAUAAUCUGUGCAUCAUAAAGAGACCCUAAGGUAAUAUAGCUAAGGCUUUGAUGCUUGAACUAUUGAUGUAAGGGAAACCAGCAACAUUUCUUUCGGUUUUAAUCUGAAAGCCUUUAUACCCCAUGGAUGAUAGUGACAUUGUGUUGUACAGUUUGUGAUAUGACAAAAGUAACAACCAAAGAACUGAUGAUGAGUGGAAAUGCACAGUGCACUGCGUUGUCAUAGCUCAAACGACUUUCAAAAAGUGAUCAUUCCUAGCUAAGACUUCGUGUUUUCCUAAAAGCCAUUCCCAACAGCUGAUUUGAGACUGUGUGUAAAACUGCUGCUGCUUUAGUGUAUGCUUUUUCAUUUCUUUUUCUUUUUCUAGUCUUUUUUUUCUUAAUUUUCACGAAAAGAGAGGCUCUAGGAUGGGAGGAGGAAAGUUUAUGUAUUCUUGCAAUAAUUUCAUCAGCUGUGAAAUGUACUUUUUUCCAAUAUAGUUUUUCAUUUAUCCUUUUUUUUUUCAAGGUUUUUAUUUUAAUCAUGUAAUCCUAUUUAUAUGAAUGUAUUUAUCAUUAGUAAGAUACGCGACAUGAGGAAAGAAACAUGUAAAUCUUUUAGAAAUAAAUAUACCUUGUAAUACAAAGUCUUUGGUUCUAAAGUGCCAGUAAUUGAAAAGAUGUGUGAACACAGUAAGGUAACAUACAUUUGCUCUUAUCCUCAUCUAUGAAUGGACUUCACCCAAGAUUAUCUAAGGAAGUUGUCAACUAAAACAUUCCCAUGUUAAGGAUCACCCCUCCCCUCAUUAUUAAUUUUCCCAUCCCCAAUUAUGUACUGUACAAGAAACAAGGUCCACUAACCUGAUUUCCUUUUGUAUUACAAAGUGUAACAAAAUAAUUUGUAUGAUUUGGCUCAGAUGUAUGCAUGCAGAAAUGUGUGUGUAUAUAUAUCCAAGAACAGAUAUAUAUAUAUAUAUGUAGAUUUUUAUGAAAACCAAAAACAGAAGGGUAAUGCUAUGCAUAACCUCCUGGGCAUUUAUGACACUCAAAAUUCCAAUAAACAUAUAUCAGUUA